CAACCACAUCCGUCGUAGAGACAUUAUCGGGUAGAUCAUUGUGAAGUAAACGUCUUCGUCGAACGGACUCUCGUCGUUCCGGCGUCUAAAAAUGCGACACCUUUGCUCUUUUCUUUUCGUCCUGACGAUUUCCUUCGUCACAGCGGAUAUCUACUUCGAGGAAAAGUUCACCGAUGAUUCGUGGGAAAAGAAUUGGGUAUAUUCUGAACAUCCAGGAAAAGAGUUUGGAAAAUUUGUCUUAAGUCAUGGCAAAUUUUGGAAUGAUCCAGAAAAUGAUAAAGGUAUCCAAACUUCGCAAGAUGCUAGGUUUUAUGCUUUGAGCAGGAAAUUUACACCAUUUAGUAAUAAAGAUGAAGACCUUGUUAUUCAAUUUACUGUUAAACAUGAACAGAAUAUUGAUUGUGGAGGAGGAUACGUCAAAGUAUUUGAUUGCAAAUUGGAUCAAAAAAAUAUGCAUGGAGAAACACCGUACGAGAUUAUGUUUGGACCUGAUAUCUGUGGACCGGGUACCAAGAAAGUUCAUGUUAUCUUCAGUUACAAAGGCAAAAAUUUGUUAAUCAACAAAGAUAUCCGAUGCAAAGAUGAUGUUUACACACACUUGUACACUUUAAUUGUUAAACCCAAUAAUACUUACAAGGUUUUAAUCGAUAAUGAAGAAGUAGAAGCUGGAGAAUUAGAAGCCGAUUGGGAUUUCUUGCCGCCAAAGAAAAUCAAGGAUCCAUCACAAAGUAAACCUGAAGAUUGGGAUGAUAAACCCACUAUUCCUGAUCCUUCUGACACUAAGCCUGAAGAUUGGGACAAACCUGAACAUAUUCCUGAUCCGGAAGCUACUAAGCCAAAAGAUUGGGAUGAUGAAAUGGAUGGAGAAUGGGAAGCUCCUAUGAUCGAUAAUCCUGAAUAUAAGGGUGAAUGGAAACCAAAACAAAUUGACAAUCCAAACUACAAAGGACCUUGGGUUCAUCCCGAAAUCGAUAAUCCAGAAUAUAUUCCUGAUCCUGAGUUAUACUCAAGAAAAGAAAUAUGUAGUAUUGGAUUUGAUCUCUGGCAAGUUAAAUCUGGUACGAUCUUCGAUAAUGUUUUAAUCACAAAUGAUCCAGAAACAGCUCGUAGAUUCGGUGAAGAAGUUUGGAAACCUACUAUUGAAGGUGAAAAGAAAAUGAAGGAAGCACUGGAUGAAGAAGAAAGGAAACAGAGAGAGAAGGAAACUAAAGAAUCUGACGAUAGUAAGGAUGAUGAUGAAGACGAAGAUGCUGAUGAAGAAGAUAAUACCGUUCCAGAUGUAGAGGAACACGAUGAAUUGUAAAUAUUUGUGUUGGUUGACACAAGCAUAGACUGUAUUCCAGGAGCUGUGUGGCUGCGACAUGCACUAACUCUCACGGGCACAAAAUUAUUCUUAAAAAGAAAUUUGCAUAAUACAACACAAAUUGGGUGCUCUGCGAUAAUUUAUACUUCAUUCUUAAUCAGAUGAAACUUCCCAUUACAUCUUAGAACAUCAAAGGAUGAUGAUUUUUGUGGACGUUAAAAUCAGAAAGUCUUUGGUCUCUAUAAAAUCGUGAAGUAUUACGUAUCUUGUGCAAAUAGUCAGUGCUGUGUUGCCUAAGGUACACUGUACUUAAAAACAGUGAAAUAGAAAUUCGUAUAUCUGUCUUGUGUCCUUCAACGACACAGCUCCAUAAAAGACGCUAAGUUGUUCCGUUUUUGUUUGUCAAGUGUUUUUAUAUACAUUAAAAGUAAUUGAGACGUAAUUUAACGAUGCUAUAUUAUAUAUAUAUAUACAUACAUAUAUAUAUAUAUAUAUAUAUAUAUAUAUAUUAUUUCAUUUACGUACAGUGUACGCAUAAUAAAACUCGCUCCGAUUAAAAAGUAAGAGUGUUGGGUGUGUGCAACAUGACUGAAUGAUAUUUGGUAUGAUUAUGUAUCAAAGGCAACAACCAAUAACCAUGUAAUAAAAAAA